AUGCCUUCUUCGUUCAUCCCCUUUAUCUCCCUCCCCCUCUCUCCCCUCCCCUCCCACAGGCCGACAAGUCUAGACACUGCGCUCUACGCCCACCUCAUCUUCAUCACACAGGCUCCGCUGGCGCAGUCGCAGCUGCAGCAGCUGGUGCUAUCCCACGCGCCGCUCCGUGCCUUCCUUUCAGCCAUGACCAACCGUCUCACCGCUGCCCGUGCUGCGCUGCAAGACGGCUCCGCUGUGCCGCCGCCACUCUCACGGCCCUUCGCACCCUCCACAGGAGCAGCAGGCAGGAAGGAAUCGCGUUCAGCUCAAUCAUCCACCGAAAGCAGCAAGUCGCGGUCCAGUGCUUGGUUGUUUGUGCUCGCACAGGUGGCGGCAAUUAUCGGGUACAUUGUUGUGUCGUCUGUUUCACUAGAACUUGGGGAGGAUGAUGAUGAGGAGGAGGAGGAGACGGAGAGGAGUGGGAGGAGGCAUGGGGUUUCGGGGAGUGAGAGGGGAGGGUUGAGAGGACGAGGUGUGGGGGAGGAGGAUGGUGAUGCUGAAGGGGAGGAUGGGGAAGAGGAUGGAGAUAUUGGAGAUGAUGAUGACGAUGAGUAG